CCAUUCUUAAAGGGUCCUCAAGUUCGGAGGAAAUUCCGAAAGCAAAUCAAUCAAUUUUACAACAAAACAAUUUAUUCCAUCCUUUAUCAAAAUCACCAAUAAAGGAAAUAAAUAACUACGGUUCGUUAAUUAGGAAGUUUGGAAGAUGCCCGGGUUGCGAAAUUGAAGGGUUGAAAGAAAAACAAAAUCGUCCGAGUUACGAAUGUCCGGAUUGUGGAUAUCCUACGCAUUGUUCUUACGAACAUUAUAAUCUAGAUUUAGUUCAUCAUAAAACUCAUGUGUGUGAAUUGCUGAGGGAAGCAAAUGAAGAUGAACAUGAUCUAAGAAGUGGAAGAAAAAUGGUAGAAUUCGAAUUCCCAGGUCCACAACCACUUGAUGAAAAGGUGAAUAUGUUAACCUGGGACACAUUCUUUUAUACAAGAGGAUUUCCAAGCAUGGACUCUCAACGUUCAAUAAGGCACGUAUCUAAAUCGUUGACAUACCCAAUAACGAUAGCAUCAGUCUUACACGAGCAAAGUCCAUACACUACCCGUUAUCGUUUAACGAAUGAAGGAUUAAAAUCAUUAACUGCCUUGAGAAUAACGUUGCAUCCGAAACAAACCGCUUAUGACAUAAAGACUCUUCAGCCCAAGGAGGUCGUUAGAAUCUUUAUUCUUGGAGCUCGAGCAGAGGCGCAAUUACCAUUAUACCUAUACACACAACUUUCACACCUAUUCCCGGCUGUGCCAUUUCAUAUUCACUUUGUAGGUCCAGAGGCCCUUCCAAAAGGAACUGAACCACACACGACACAUUAUAAUCAUUGUCUUUCUUUCACGUGGAAAAAUUUUAUGUAUCAUGACUAUCAUGAUGCUUUGGUGCCAUUUGAUCCCUAUUUUGAUGUAUUCUUUCUUUUUAGUCCAGGAAUUGGUCAGACUGAUGGAAAACAAUUGUGGGGAAAAACAAUCAAGAAAUUGUUGCAAACAAAAUGUGCCAUUUUCAUCACCGGAUUUAAUGAAGAUGAUGUGAAAGCCGAGGUAGAAGCCAUUGAAAAUGAUGACACAUUGGAAUUCGAUUGGCUAUUAGAACCUGGAGAAAAUGUAUUUAGGAGCUUGAAAAGUGAGAUCAAUCUAGAAGAUGUGAGAAUUCGUGCAUAUUCUAAUUGGGGAAUUUUGGGGAUAAGGGGAAAAAGAUAUGAUGUACGUACGUACGAGGAGAGGGAUGAACAUGAUUACUCAAAUGCAGCGCAUUCAUCCAAUCGAGAACUUCGUAGCGACCUAAAUAAAACACCAACCAUAUAUGAGCCAAAUCUUCCAAUCAAUUUUGUUAUAGUAAGGUCGAAAAUAAAUGUUGACGCCGAUGAGAAAAGAUCACCUGUGCUCUAUGGUGAAUACUGGAAAAAAAGAGAUUUAGAUACACACUUUCAGAAAAGAGCACCGAAACAACCAAAAAAACAAGUAACAACAGUGGUAGCAGACCCUUCAGAUAAUAGCGAUAAUACUCCGGCAGACGUAAAGGACGCAAAAGCCGCAACUAAUCCUGUAAAUGUCGGAGAUACAGUUACCGCUACAAGCGGCAUUAUUGGACAACCUUCGGAUGUAUCAGCUCCAGAUGGCUCGGAUAAUCAGUUAAACGGUGAAAAAAAGCCCAAAGAUGAAUCAUCAUCGCAGGAUGGACAUGAUAUUUCAGCGGGUACUACUGUUCCCACUGGUGGCGUUAAUGCUGCUGUUCGCAAAAAGAAGCGUAAGGAGAUGACGGAUACAAUUGUUGCGACAUCGGCCACUGCAUGGGAACAACAAAACAAUACUUACAAGAAAACCGAAGAAAGCUCCAAAAAUACAUAUACAGUAAUUAAAACUUAUAUUCCAACUUUAUCUGAUGAACUGGACAUUCAACUAGGAGAUAAGGUCACCAUUCUAGAAGUAUAUGAUGAUGGAUGGGUACAAGGAAUUAAUGAUACUCGCGGGGGCGUCAAAGGUGUAUUCCCUCUCAAUUGUGUGGACAUGAAUGUUACCCCGAACAAUAAACGAUCAAGUUCUAACUUUUGA